AUGGACGUCUCUCGGCCUCCUCAACACCGCCGCAACGCUUCAUUCAAGUCGGGCCUCCUGAAAUCGCUGGUCAGCACCAAAGCAAGACCAGCAUCGCCCGAGUCUUCGCCGACCAACGCGAAGAGGGAAGCCAGAACGCAGACGGUAUCUUUGCGGAUGGCAGGUUCACCCAGUGCCAACUAUGGCAGCAGAGGGGUCCUGGGCGAGAGGCAGGGCAAUGUCCAGUCUCCGCCAUCCUCGCCAUCCAAGAAGGGCACCUUGUCCAGAGGCGGGAAAGAUCUGAAGACGCAGGACUCCCCCAAAAAGACCAAGGAUAGCAAAGACGCCCCCAGCAAGACCAAGUCUUCCGGCAACCUUGCAUCUGUGUUCGCCAAGAUGAAUCGCUCCAGCAAAGAUCUCUCGACGCAAGUACAACAGACCCAGGAGACGGGCAAGGAAAAUGCGAGCCCAACCGCUCCCACCAGUGGUACUCAGGAGGCACCAAUCUGGGCUCAGUUCUCGUCACAGCCCAACUCGAACUCCUCUCGCCCUGACUCCCGCGACAGCAAGUCCUCCCACAACCUACAUGACGAGAUCGCUCGGUAUACGCCAAAGGUCUAUUCGCCCAGCAAACAACGGAACUUCGAUGGCACAAUCGACGAGCCUGGUCUUAAGCCCACUCUGAGUAGGGACCGACCGCAGAGUGCGUAUACUGCAGGGACGGAAGGGUUUCUAGAAAGCAUUGGCCGAAAGUUCAGUGGAAGGUCGGGGUCGAGCGUGGGGAUCAAAAGGAGGUCAGCAGACGUGAGCAAGAAGGAAAUUCCUGUACAGAACGGCAGGGUAUCGAUGGAGCGAUCAAGGAUACUACAAAGAGAUGGCACAGACCGGAAAGGCAGUGGCAGCAGCACUGAACAGGCGCCGGCCAAGGAGAAGCUCGAUGUUACGAAACGUGGGAGAGUGAUGGCUGCUGUCGCUGCUUUCCAGGGUAAGAAUAAGGAGACACCAGCAGAGCCUAAGAAAGAAGAGCCUCCGCUCGACUCCAAAGCUGUGGACGCUGCCUUUGAAGCUGUGCUCGAGUCACGCAAUGUCCCCGAGGCAAUGAGACAGAAGAUGCGAGCCGUCACGCUACGGGUCAAGGCCGAUUUCAUCAAGACCAAUCAGGGCACAGAUCCGUCUGCGAUCAAUCCAACAGCAGCACCAAGCAGCGGAAUGGAGAAGUACAAGUCUUCAAACAAGUUGACCGAAGCCGUCCCCGAGAGCAAGAAGGAUGAAGAUGACAGCAAGUCUACGAAGCGCUCGAGGACUCGCAGCAGAACAUUCACCUUCUCCAAAGGAGACAAGAAGAGUAAGGGCGAUAGUUCGCCCUCCAAAAAACAUCGCUCGCAGAGCAAAAGCCGGCCUCUCUCAAUUGAGAUUCCUGAUGAGGCCAGCGUGAAAUCGCAGGGAACAACCCCAUCAACGCCGACUGGAUCGUACGGUCGCAAGAACGCGCCUGCGGCUAUUCCUAAAGACUACAUCGACUACCUGCGCAAGAACCAAGACCCAACCAAGGUCGAGGUCGGCCGCCUGCACAAGCUCCGGAUCCUUUUGCGAAAUGAAACCGUCGCCUGGGUGGACGCAUUCAUCUCCCUUGAGGGCAUGACCGAAAUUGUUGGCCUUCUACACCGUCUCAUGGGAAUUGAAUGGCGAGAAGAUCACGAAGAUCAGUUGCUUCACGAAACUUUGCUCUGCUUAAAGGGUCUGUGCACAACUGAACGUGCUCUAGCGGAGUUGGAAAAGGUUGCUGACGAUCUCUUUCCGGCUCUGCUGGGCAUGCUUUUCGAUGAUGAGAAGAAAGGUCCAGCUGAGUACACAACGAGAACCAUCAUCAUCAACGUGCUCUGUGAGUAACGCCCAAACAGCUUUAGUUGCAUUGUGCUAACUGCAGACAGUCAAUUUCCUUGAAUCAGCGACCAGCUCCUCCGCAGCAAUCCUCGAGGAACGAGCUCGCAGGAUCCUUCGAUAUCUAGGAGAGCCAGCGAAAGCCGAUGAUGCUCGACCAGUCGACUUCGUCCUUGGUAUGCGCGUUCCUAGGCCUUACAAGCUCUGGUGCCGGGAAAUGUCCAAUGUCACUAAGGAAGUCUUUUGGAUUUUCCUGCAUCAUCUGAACGUCGUGCCACUUCCGAAACCUUCCAGCUCCCAGUCGAACUCCAACGACGAGGAUCGUGCGAAGGCGCUUCAAGCGACCUACUCCCACCGUCACUUCCCGGGGUCUCGUCCACCGGUCCCAGCAGCUCCCUACAUUGGAGGGGUAGAAUGGGAUGCUACGACCUAUCUGACCGCCCAUCUCGACUUAAUUAAUGGUCUCAUCGCAUCUCUCGCCUCUACGGCCGACCGCAACAAGCUUCGCCAACAACUACAAGCCUCCGGCGUCGAGAAAGUCAUGGGCGCUGUCCUGCGCACGUGCAAGGAGAAAUUCUACUCUGGCGUUCAUGAUGGCCUUCGAGCAUGGGUUGCUUCCGCAGCCGAAGACGGGUGGGAGACGCGCUUCGUGCGCGAAGGACCCACGGAGGAUGAAGUGAAAGAGCAGGCGGUCCGCGCUAGGAGCGCGAGUCCCAAGAAGAAUCGCAAGAAGGAAGACGAAGCCCCCAAGCUUGAUGAGGCGCCUAAGUUGGAUCUUGGAUUGGAUUUGAAGCUCUCGAAGACGAAUGAGUCGAGGGACAAAGAUGACGACGGUUGGCUCGGAUGA